ACUAGCCAAAGGGGGAUAAAACUAUGAAGUUUUUAUUCAUUGGGUUGCGGCCCCUGUGGGACUGCAACUGAACUGUUGACGUUUUUUUAUGCUUUUGUGAGCGAAAUUACACUUGUGUUCCAUGUCAUGUGACAUGUGCCUAGCCGUGUCGCACACGCAAGGCUGCUGUCUGUGGACCAAGAUGUAGACCUAAUGAAGGGCUACAGUUUUCUGUUUCUAUUUUGAUCUUUUGAUCUUUUGAUCUUUUGGUCUUUUGGAUUGUUUGGAUCUUUUGGUCUACCUUGGCUAGUUCGUUUUGUGUUGCAUCGCCGUCAUGGCUCGAUGCUAUAAAUAAACGAGUACUUGACAACAACUGUCGGCGUCGGUGUGUACUUAAUCUCAGGGUCAGCCCGUCUUAACCACAACACCUCAGUGGGUAAAAGCAUCCCCACUGAGUGAGGGUUACAUUUGGCGCCCAACGUGGGGCUUGACUUUGAGAGGUAGGAUGGAACACGGUGAGCCGACGUUUGAGAAGUUGUCGCAGGAGCUGGCCAAGUUGAGGGCUACGAUGGCGGAGCUAGAACAGACAAGUGCGCAGCGGCCCGUGACGGUGGAGGUGUGCAUGUCAACACACAAUAGGCUGAACCUGUUCACCGGCCUUCCCCCCACUGGAGGAGGGGAGGUGAGUUUCCCGGACUGGGAAACCCAAGUGCAAUGUUUGCUGCGGAACACCAGCGUUCCGAACCCGUUGCCGCGCAUUUUAGGCAGCCUGAGAGGGAUUGCCUAUGAGCAUGUAAAGCAGGCUACGAGUCCAGAGGAAGUGCUAAGCCUACUACAAAGCACUUUUGGCGACACUCGAUGUGCCGAUGACAGGUAUCUGCAGUUCAGCCGACUCACUCCACAUCCAAGAGAGUCAGCGUCAAAAUUUCUCUGCCGACUGUGGUCAGAGAUGACGAAGCUAAACCAGCAGCGUAGCUUUACUGAGGCCGAUGCCCAGAAGAAGGUGUAUCACACUUUCUGCAAGGGGGUUUCACCUCUUCUGGCGCUCGAACUUCGUGGCACAUUUGGUUUCCCAGGGGAAGCCAGCCCAAAGUUGGGGGACGUCCUGAAAGCUGUUAGAAGGCUGGACGGGACGACUGAGUUUCGAGUCGAAGCCACGGCAGCAGCUAACAGGACUGUCCAGGUCGACGCAGUAACGGCAGCUGUUCGCCAAGAGACGACGCCGCCGCUGAUGCUCACGGAGGAGCAACUCGACCGUCUGGCGCAGAAGGUCGACGCAGUAACGGUAGCUGGUCGCCAGGAGACUACGCCGCUGAUGCUCACGGAGGAACAACUCGACCGUCUGGCGGAGAAGGUGGCAGAUAUCCUAGCCCGGAAACAACAGCCCUCCAGAGGAGCUUGUUACGGGUGCGGGUCCACGAAGCACUUCGUCCGCGACUGUCCGAGAAAAGCAGCUAGGCAACGGGGUCAGCAGCAGGGAAACGCCAGUCCAUCAGCGUCGGGGAGCGGAUGCUGA